AUGGGUACGACACUUGAGGAUCUGGCGAAGGCGCCGGAUACGCAAAGCCUGAUUGGUGAGGUGGGUAAGCUUGCUGUGGUGGGUAACCUUGUUGUGGCGGGUAAACUUGUUGUGGUUGUGCCAGAGGAAUUUAAUGGUGAGACUGCGUCGAAUAAGCGUCAAACUGCUGCUGUGAUGAAGCAUAUUGCUGCUUUGAUGGGUAAUUUUGGUGCUGGGAUGAUGGCAAUUGCUGCUGAGGUGUCUGACAAGCAGGCGGUUCUUGCUCUUGCCUGUACAUGA